UGCAGAAGUUGCUGGGGGGUGGAUCAUUUAGUGAUCCUGAUUUCCUAAACCGACUUUCCACUUCACUUUGGGGCAAGUCUUCCCUGCAGUAACCACAGUGCUUAGCAGAGACUGGGUGGUGCUGUAUUUCUCUGCAUCCUAGAAAGAUCCAAACCAUGAGACUAUCAGCAAGAAUUAUCUGGCUUAUAUUAUGGACUGUUUGUGUAGCAGAAGAUCAACCUUGUGAUUUUCCACAAAUCAAAAAUGGAGGUCUAUAUGAUGAAAAGGAACACAAACCCUACUUCCCAGUAGCUACAGGAAAGUCAUUUGAAUAUUACUGCAACAGAGGAUUUUUGCCUCCCUCAGGGACAUACUGGGACACUAUUCACUGCACUGCACAAGGGUGGGAGCCAGCAGUCCCAUGUCGCAGGCUAUGUGGCAUAUAUCAUAUAGAGAAUGGGGAAAUUCUACAACAGAAAGGAAACUACAUACAAGAUCAGUCUGUAAGAGUCCAGUGUUACCGUGGCUACAGUCUUCCAAAUGGUCAGGACACUAUUACGUGUACAGAGAAUGGCUGGUCUCCUCAACCUAAAUGCAUCCAUAUCAGACCUUACUCAGCUCGCGGAAGGUAUGGAGUCACGGUCCAUACUUGGUGGGUGGUGAUGCAGACUCAGGUGUGGAAUGUUUGCCGCUCACAUGUGUGGAAGUAUAUCUAGAAGCCAUAACAGGACAGUGCCAGGCCUCCUGCAUCUGGACCUACAUGCAGUUGCAAGCCAUUUGAUAAAGUUGCUGUGGCUGCUCAGAAAGAAGCAGACCCCUGAAUUGUCCAUCCUAAACACAGACGGGAAACAGAGUAACCACACCGAAAUGCUGCUGGAGUGGCUGUGUCAUUGCCUCGUCCACAUCUGCAUGCCUGUCCUUACACUUAAAGGAUGGUUGAAUUUCAUGCGUAAAAUGACUACAUUUGUGUGUGUGGCAGGAUGGGGGUUGGAAUAAAGAACCAGCUUCCAUGGUCAGAGAACUUCAGAAUUUAGUGCAGAAAAAAGAAGUUGAACUUUACUUCUAUUUCUUCAUUAAGAUGCUUUGCACAAAUUAGGAACACUGCUGAUCUUUAUUUUCUGGCUAAGCCAAUUCAGCUAGAACUACUUAGAGAGAGGGACCGGAUAUGCUUAUGGGUUUCAAGUCAAACUUCACUGUAUGUUUAUAAUUUGGGGACACUGUUUAAACUUUUGUUCUGAACACUAUUUCUCAUGUUAAUGUUCUUCAGUUUGCAAAAUUAGUAACUAAAAUACAUGAUUCAGUCCUUCAUAGGUAGCGAUUUUAAGACUUGAGAAUUGUUAUUUUUCAAAUGCAUAAUGAUUUAUAUUUCUGGCAUUUUGUGAUAAAUUUAGAUUCUUCAAAAAAGUUUUCACUGGAGAAAAUAAAACGCCCAGGAAACUAAUCCAAACAAAACAAUUCUGAAGAAAACAUUGAGAUAUGAUUGCUAAAUAACAUUAGGCAACAUUCUCUAAGCGUCAUUUUCAUGAAACAGUGAAAUCAUGCAACUGACCUUAGGAACUUGAUUGGAGACUCCUCCUUCUUAUUUCUUGUGUGAGGAAUUAUGCUGAAGAAUGUAUUAGUUAUCAUUAAAUCCCAAGUAUUUUGUAUGGAACUAGGAUUAGAAAUGUGCAUGCAAUCUAUGGUCUGUCACCCUAAGAGUUGUCUUGCUCAGCCCACCUCUUAGAACACUGCUAGGUGGCCAACAGUCCCGUGUCACCCCACCCCUGCAAUUUAUCCACUUCCAAUUCACAUGGAAGGUUUUCUGUAAGGGUGACCCUUUGUGUGGAAAAUCAUUUUAGUACUAGUACUGACACAUAGAAUCUACCAGAGAUAACUAGAGCUAAAACAAAGAGCUUGGAUUCAAUUCCCAGAAUAAAAAGCUUCCCCUUUACACAUGCAUAUCAAUGCACAGUGGACAAGGUAUGUGAAGAACUUGAUAAUAAUCUAAGGACGUUGAUUUAUAUAGAUAAGAGAAUAUAGAGCUUUAGAGGAUGCAAAUGUGGCAACAACUUCUAAUAAGUAUAUAGAUAGCAAAUAAAUUGUUAAAAAAGAAAUUGUUAAAGCUCAAAUUCACAUGAGAAUUUGCUAACAUCUAACUGUUUAUAUAACUGUUACCUGGAGUAUUUAAUGGAGAUAAACUCUAAAACAAAACAUAUACUCUUAAGUUUUUUUAGCUUCCCAAUAUUUAACAUUCAUUUUAUUAUGGAAGUGACUACUUACUGUUUUGUUUCAUAAAUUAAAUCAUUAAUUAAAAUAAACUUCAGCUAAAUUUAUUUUCCUCUUGAUACAUCAAGAGCAAUGCCAGAAUUUAAUAGUUGUAAUGAAUAUAUGAAUUUUUAUAGAUUGAGAACACCUUAAUUAAGUGUAAGACAGUUUCCUAUAAUACUCUAUAAAUCCAUCAAUAUUUGAAAAUAUUUAAUUGUGUAUGAAAUAUUCAAGAAAUACAAACAAGGAAGUAUUUCUUUACUCUCCUGACCAAUGAGUAUUUGUAAUGUAUGUAUUUGUUUUAUUUAAAAAUACUUAAAUAAUUCUCAGAAUGAUAAUACAUGCUCGCAAUUUCAACAGAUGGGUGGUAGAUCCAAGAGGACCAGGACUUCACGGUCAUUCUCUACUAUAAUGAGUUUGAGGCCAGGCUAGGCCACAUAAUAUAUUGUUAAACAAUGGUAAGCAUAAAUAUGAAUAUAUGUAUGUAUACAAACAAUUGUAGUACUAGAAACAACUUUAAAUAUAAUGUAUACAAAAUUUAAUACUUGAUUUAUAAAUUUACAUAUAUAUACAUCAUAGUAAAUGAAAUUUUGUAAACAUGAAAUUUAUAUGAAUUAAACAUAUCUAUACCAUGUAGUAAUUUAUACCUAAGCUAUAUAAAUAAAACUAUAAAAAUAAAUAAAUUGGGACGUGAAUUAGUUCAAGUACCAGAUGAAUUUAGCCUGUCAUGGACAUAGUUUACAAAUACUCGAAUGAUUUAAUAAACUAUUUGCUAAAUCAAA